AUGAACUGGCUGAGAAAAAUCAGAGUGUUUAUCUGGGGAGAGUACAAGAGCACGGCCGAGGAGGAGCACCUGUUGCGCAAGAUUGACUGGUUUGUGCUCUCCUUCUGCUGUCUCAUGUACUUUACCAACUAUCUGGAUCGAGCCAAUUUGUCCAAUGCCUUUGUUUCGGGCAUGCGAGAGGAUCUCCAAAUGUACGGCCGAGAGCUCAACAUCGCCAACACGCUCUUCACUGUGGGAUACACGGUGGGUAUGAUCCCCAACAACCUGGCUCUUCAGGUGUUCAAGCCCCGGUACUACUUUCCCUUCUGCACCAUGGCCUGGGGCCUAUUGACUCUGGGCACCUAUGCUGUGACCACAUACAAGCAGAUCUAUGCCAUUCGUUUCUUCCAGGGCUUUUUUGAAGCGUCUACGUUUGUGGGCACCCAUUUCAUCCUGGGAUCGUGGUACAGUGGUAAGGAGUUGGCGAAGCGAACCGCCAUCUUCACAUCAUCAGGGCUCAUUGGCACACUCUUCUCUGGUUUUCUGCAAAGUGCAGUGUUCAAAGGACUCAGUGGGAAAGGAGGACUAGCCGGCUGGAGAUGGCUGUUCAUUAUCGACGCCAUCAUCACGUUUCCCGUGGCUCUCUAUGGCUUUAUUUUCUUUCCAGAUACACCAGCGACGACACAGGCCUUUUAUUUCGACGAGAAGGAGCGCCAGAUGUCUGUCAUGCGACUCCCGCCACGCCCAGACACAAAACUAGACUGGACAGUUGUCAAACGGGUGCUUGGACGAUGGCACUUUUACAUGUUUGGGCUGCUAUGGGGCAUUGCGGGCGAGGUGGAGUCUCCUCCAGCCAACAACCUGUUUGGACAGUAUCUCAAGGCUUCCGGGUGGAGUGUUAUUGAGAGUAACAGGUACCCGAUGGGCGUUUCUGGAGUCGGAGUGGUGGCUACUGUAGUGGCUGCCUCGUACGUGGAUCAAACAGGCAAACACUGGCACGUGGGGGUAGCUGCCGGCCUAGUGGGGAUCGUUAGCACGGUUCUGGUGCUGGUGAACCGUACCCCGACCGUCUUUGCAGGCUACUAUCUGUGUGGAUGUGUCUACAUGGUACAGGCAGCGUUUUUCGCCUGGGCCAACGUGGUGACAGCCAACGACAAGGAAGAGAGAUCGGUGGUGCUCGCCUCUAUGAACAUGAUCUCCAACGCCACCAACGCGUGGUGGAUGGUGGUUUUCUAUGGAGCCGACACCGCGCCCGAGUUCCGUCUGGGUAUGUGGGCCAUGCUGGCCGUUAGUAUAGCUCUGAUCGGCUGGGUUUCUCUAGUUCGAUGGUUGCAGCUGAGAGAAGACAAGCGGGUGGACUUGCACGGCAGUGGAGACGAAUCGACAAGUACAGACUGCGGCGAUCACGAGGAAUACGGCUCCAAGGCGACACGUCUCGACUCGCUGCCGCCGGCGGUGCGCUGCCGGUCACGUGACGUGUCCGCCUUCUAG